CAGGUGCGAGCAUCGUCGGUCUGAAUCUCUAGGGAAGUCAUUGAGGCAAAAUCCUUGAGGCAUCACUAAGAACUGAUAACGGUACAUGAGUCCAAAUUCUGGAUUAGAACCGAAUUUCUUCAGAAAUCUUUUUCUUUUUCUUCCCCUUUCAUUUUGCCGCAGAUGCUGAACAUCUUCUCUUUACCGAAGAGGGUCCUGAUGACAUCACAUCCUCUCCAAAGAGCGACGCAGCCUCCCAAGUCAAGGAAGAAAGAUCACCUCUGCUCCACCACACCAUCCCCGAGGACAACCACCCCGAGAAGAUGGCCGGGUCUCCUGCGCUGCUCCUUCUGCUCAGUCUGGGGCUCUGCUGCCCUGGGGUCCAGGUCCAGGCGUACAGGAUGACGGCCAGGUUUCAUGACAGCAGCAUCACGCAACCCCGGCUGGGACAGAAGCUGGAGCUGGAGUGUCUGGGUGCCAGGGAGGACAGCGGCGUAUUCUGGGUCCGCCAGGACAAGGAUGGGACCCUUCACUUCAUCGUCUUCAUCUCUUCCCUGCUCCGCACCACCUUCAAGGGGAACGAGAGGACAUCCACACGCUUUGAGGCGAGGAAACUCGGCAGUGUCUACCACCUGGUAGUGAAGUCUUUCACAUCGGGAGACGAGGGGAACUAUUUCUGUCUCAUGAACAGCAACCAAGUGCUGUACUUCAGCUGUGGCCAGCCUGCCUUCAUCCCAGUCACCAUCACAACAGCACCCACUGUACCAGCAUCCACCGCCCAGAGUGGCAUCACCAAAAACGACUCCUGCCCGAAGACUCCGGAUCCAGAGACCGGUAAGGAGAAACAGCUGAAUUUCUUCUGUGACAUCUUCAUCUGGGUUCCCUUGUCCGGCGCCUGCCUCCUGCUCCUCAUCGCCCUGAUAGUCACCACCGUGCUGUGUCAACAAACCAGAAGACGAAGAUGCAGAUGUAAAAGACCUGUGAACGGGAAGCCCAAUGUGAAACCUAGGACACCAAACCAACACACAUAAGCAUCUGCACCUUUUGGCUUCUGGACCAUCUUCUGGGAGCUGUCACCGCAUAAGCCCAUCACCUACGGUACCUAUAAUGCUACUACUACUCGUGCAGUCUACCCUGAGAAAUUUGAAAAGACAGGAUGGAGCAGAGACACACAGACAGCAAGCAAGCACUUUUUCUGUGAACUGCACACUGAAGCACAGCUCCUUCCAAAACUUGAGGUUUUCAAGUUAAUUCCCAAGGCCAAAUGCCAUCUCUGUUCCCAGUGACGGAGCUCUGUGGUUCCAGCUAAAGAAACAGAUCAAUCCUGAUGCUGACCUGUAUCAGGCAUAAGCUGAUAAGAAAUAAGGGUAUUAGCUGGACCUUUGCUCAAGGGUGUGCGAUACUUCUUUCUAAAAUGCAGCCAAAAUUUGAAUUUGCUACAAAAUGACAUAAAAAUAAAUGCCCUCACUUAACACAUCCUCUUUUUGUGGUGCCAUGUAUCU